AUGUCUGCUCCUCCUCCGCCGUCCCGCGUGUUCGCGCCCACUCCCCGCGAUGGCCGUGCCCCAGUCUUGGACGAUGGUGCCUCGCCGCUGCCGGUGCUCCCCAAGGCACUAUCUGCACACUCUCUUGCUCAAUGGCCAUCACUGCCACCCACACCGAGCAACACGGCAGCAUCCACCCCGAACCCAACAGCAAACCAGAUAUCCAUGCCGUUUAUCAAACGACAUAUUCGGCGCCGACUGACUAAUGCAAAGGAAACAUGCGACAAGGAGCUUUCCAAGGUCAUCCAUUCUAUUACCACAUAUGUCGAGGAGCGAUUACGAGAACCGUCCGAGCCCGACUAUGAGUCCUAUCUCCAUGACCUCAACCCCGGCGUCCUCACCAACGCCAUGACCGACGACGACGACGAUGAAUCAGACGACGAUCACGAGGUCGACUACCGUAGCCGCCAAGUCUCUACCUCGUCCAGCCCCAAUUCCUUCCGUCGCCCGCUCGGUCUUCCUCCCCGAUCUAUCGCAUCUACAUCUUCCUACGGCGAUGCCAGUCCAUCUCGCAAAUCGAGCGAUCCCCAUACCCGCCAGCAUAUGGCCCCACCCCUGCUCCCAACUGGCAGCAACCUCCCUUGGCUCGCCGUCUCUCGCGUAGCCGACCCCAUCCUGGAUCUCUGCCUAUCAAAUCUUCGUCAAACUCCCGCUCGAAUUCCCGUUCGCGUUCUCCUCUUCCUCCGGCCCCACACGAUGCCCAGACCGUCUCAUCUUCGCCCCGCACCGGACCAAUAG